GGCAAAGUAUAAAGAGAGCCGGCUUUUAGAGAAGCCGCUUUUCGUCAUUUGAUUUUGGACUGUACUGUGUGACGCAAUUUUGAAUUUAAAAGAUGGAGAAAACUCUUGCGAUUGUCGACAAAAGGGGCGGAGGCAUGACCUGCAAACUCCUGGACCUGAUGGAGAAGACUGGAUACCCGAUAGUUCAGCACAACGGGCAAAGAAAAUUCGGACCGCCUCCACAAUGGCUGGGUGCUCCCCCGCCGAAAGGCUGCGAAGUCUUCGUAGGAAAGCUGCCCAGAGAAAUCUUCGAGGAUGAACUGGUACCCAUUUUCUCUAAAGUUGGGAAAAUCUACGAACUGCGACUGAUGAUGGACUUUUCCGGCUCAAACAGAGGGUACGCUUUCGUCACGUACACAACCAGGGCGGAGGCCUAUCGCGCUGUUAAAGAUCUGAACGGAUACGAAAUAAGAUCUGGCAGACACAUUGGAGUGGUGAAAUCAGUGGAUAAUUGCAGACUUUUCGUGGGAAACAUCCCGAAAGACAAAACUAAGGAGGAGGUCCUUGAGGAGUUGUCUAGAAGAGUAUCGGGGAUAGUUGAUGUGAUUCUGUAUAAGAAUUGCUAUGAUAAAAGGCUGAAUCGUGGAUUCGCGUUCGUGGAGUUCACUUGCCACCGGGCUGCGGCGAUGGCGAGGCGGGUGCUGGUGCCGGGCUGUGCGAAGAUCUGGGACCAGGACCUGAUGGUGGACUGGGCGGAGCCGGAGCCAGACGUUGAUGACGAGCAAAUGCGGAGGGUAAAAGUUCUCUACGCCCGCAACUUCCUUAUCAGAACUACACCACAGACAAUACAGACUGUAUUCGAAAAUGCAAUCGGUGCAAAAAUAGAACGUGUAAAAAAGAUCUAUGACUAUGCUUUUAUACAUUUCUAUGAGCGAGAGCAUGCUGAGCGAGCAAUGACGAAAUUACAGAAUUGUGAAAUUGAUGGUAGUAAUAUUGAAAUACGUUGGGCUAAGCCCGUUGACCGUGAAGUCUACCGUAUUCAGAAAAUGACUAAGGGUAAUGCGAAGUUUAAUAAUAGUCUUGAUUUGAAUCAAACUCUUAUGCUUUACAAACAGCAUUUAGACAAGAAGGAAUAUGCGUACUCUCCGAAGGAAGAUGAGGGUAUUGGCUCAGGGUAUGCGGGCUCUACUUGUGGCUCUCCAGAAUUGAAGGCAUUGCCAUACCCAAGCUUUGCUAUAACAAAGGACAGCUACUCUAUGGCUCCUGCUAAACUUGACGCUAUGUGCAAAAGAUAUAUGUGGGCGCCACCAGUGUUCGACUACCAGAAGUGCGUCAACCCCAGCGGCGCAGAGGUCUGGAUCGGGCGCGUGGAGCUCCCGCACGUAGGGCUGCCUCUGAUGAGCUCCCCGCAGCGCAUCGGGCCGCUGGUGACGCAGCCCUGCUUCUCGCUGCAGCAGGCGCAAAUAGAGGCUGCCGAGACCGCGCUGCAUUACAUUAAGAUGUUUCGUGUUGACGCCGUGCAACGUUCAGCCGCAGCCGUGCAGCCAGUUUACCAGCCCGUGUUGCCACCGAUGCCCAGCUGCGUCCCCAUGCCUUACGAUUAUUCUGCCUUGUACUCGCGUCCACAAUCUGCCAUCCCCGUCACAGUACCUACUAUUUGGCGAACAGUUUGAAUUAUUUUAGUUGGCAACACUAACACUGACUAAAACAUUGAAAUUUUAACUUUAUUUUAAAAAUAAAGUGAAGAUUUUACUUCAAUUGCUCUUAAUAAAAGUUUUGUUUUUGAUAGGUACUUCUAGUUGUUGAGAAAAUUAGGCAUGAAAUUGAUUUUUUGUUUUUGAACAAACAAAAAACAAUUUCAGUGAUUGUUCUAGUUGAAACGGUGGAAGUGUUUUAAAUUUAUAUUUGAUGUUAUAUAUUUUUUAAGUUAACCUUCGUUUUCUGACCAGAAUUGUUAAAAAAUAGAUGUAUUUUGACUUAGUAAAUUUAAGGACGCGCAAUUGCAGAUACCUUUCUUGAUUUCCUUUGAUCAUAAUUAGCAGAAUUUGACGUUUUAUAGAGAAUGUAAAAGUUGAUUUGUCUAUUUUAUGUAACCCAGUUACUAUUGAUAGUUACUUAUUUUGACAGCAUUGUUUUUUACUUUAAAAUAAGUUAAACUCACGGCGCUUGCUUGUGCUUAUACUCUAGUAUAUUCAGAGAAAAGAGCUGUUAUUUUGUUUUAGACAUUUUCUCAUAGUUUACUUACCUACUACAGUUUAUUUUUCAUAGGUAUUUUUUCUAUAGUUAUAAGACUGAACUUAAAUAAAUACUUGUUUACAAA